AGCAUAUAACCACUCUAUGAUAUAAGCAUGACCACUCUAUGAUGUAAUUUGUUAGCCCUUGUCAUAAAUCCAACUCGAUAGAGCUACACAAAACAAAGAAAACAAAUCGACUCUGAAAAAGGGAGUUUAAAUACACCGGCGCGCUUUGGGCAGCUGCUCAAUCAAGAUGUCUCCCAAGCGAUGUGUUGAAUUGGAGGCUUGUGUACAUAUUCGUUAACGCACGCCACGUCCAUUGUAUGCUUCGAACUUUUCUGAUUUUUAUCUUAAAACCAGCAUCUUGCCGUGUACGGUAAAACUGCUGGGAGUGAUAGGAAACCGUUCUCCUCGUUGGCUGGCUUGUUGUUUCGUCUGUUGUAUAUAUACAUCCAGACUGCCUCUAUUUCAAAGGUUUAAGGCUUUAGGUGUUCAGCUUUUUUAUUUGACGCCAGUGGAAAGAUGACGAGCGUUCGUCACAGGAACUUGGAGUCGAAGAGUGGAGCCUCGACCCUCACUAAAUCAAACGAGAGCCCAGAACAAGGAGACACACCCACCAAGCGAACAGACCAUGUGCAGCGAGUACCUUCGUACGAGACCUGGCUAUCCCGACCGGUCAACAACCUAAACUUGGUCAUAUUCCGCAUCUUUUUCGGCUUCAUGAUGUGCUUUCACAUCUACCGCCUCAUGUACUGGCAGACGACGCUUCCUACGACGUUCGAUUUCGCGGAGUUGAACUUUCGUUUUUGGUUUGCCCCCGUCGUGCCUCAGCCUUCGCUGACAGUGUUACGAUGGGUCUAUCUUGUAUGCUGUGUGUCGGCUUUCUGUGUCGGACUGGGCCUAUUUUAUCGAGCAUCUUGUUUUAUCUUCUUGCUAACUUACACGUACCAAAACCUGCUGGAAAAAUCUCGUUACAAUAACCAUUUCUAUCUAUACGUUCUCUUAGCUUUCUUCUUCCUUAUUUCCGACGCCGCAAAACGUCUCUCAGUCGACUGCUUUCUGAAGCAGCUCCUAUCAACUCGUUCAGACCCCCCUGACGCCGAUCCCCGCACUGCCCCUUUUUGGCAGGUUUUCCUGUUCAAAUUUCAGCUGUUUGUUGUUUAUUUCUACGCUGGCAUCGCUAAGCUCAACUAUGAUUGGGCAAUCCGGGGUGAGCCCAUGCGUACAUGGGGUUACCACACCCGCUUUCCUCUCCUCCGCGAGGGUUUCGAGUUUGUUCUGCCGCCGGACCUGGUCCAAGAUGUAAUUGGGUAUUUCUACAGCAUUGGCGGACUUAUGUUUGAUCUACUCGUGGGUUUCUUCCUAAUAACCCCGAGACUGAGAUUAACGGGCAUCAUUUUCAGUCUGGGAUUUCACGGGGCAAAUCAUUUCCUGUUCAAAAUUGGAACAUUUCCUUGGCUUAUGAUUGGGUCCAAUGUAAUUUACCUGGAGGAGAACAGCGUAGAAAAUCUGUUUCAAGCAAUCAAGAAAAAGGUCUAUAAUUCAUUUACUAAUAACAUCAGCAAAAUGGAGACGAAGAGUAAGGAAAACCCCCCAGUUCCACAAGGGAGAUUAUCUAAGCCGAUAAAAUGGCUCCUGAUGAUGUUCGUUGCUACGCAACUACUGUUGCCGUUUCGUCAUUGGCUGUAUCCUGGCAACGUGAACUGGACGCUAGAAGGCCAUCAGUUCAGCUGGCGCAUGAUGCUCAACGAGGAGGAAGUGAUCAUGAGGUUCCACAUCCGGCAGCGAGGGACUGGCGACGAAACGGUAUUUGACCCGUACGCGCUUCGUCUUACCACCAGGCAGGUAAAGCGCAUGCUCACAGACCCAGACAUGGUACUCCAGCUCGUCGCGCACAUCAAAGCGAGGCAUUUACCGAGUGGAGACCCUGAUGUGUCAAUCAUGGUUGAUAUGUGGAAGGCGCUGAACAACAGGCCAUACCAGCGCUACACCAACAACACUGUCGACUUGACGCUUGUCAAUCACUGGGCGUUUACACAUGAUUGGGUAGCGCCGCAAAUGUCAGAUGACGUCAUAGAUUUCCACGACCUCCGUGAAGUCAAAAGGGAGUGGGACCAGCGAGGGUUUGGGACUUCUUUUUUCAUGGACAGACCUGGCAGUACACACAAGACUUCGUUUCAGCGGAUGUUUUGUGAGGACAUGCGCGCCUUCGGUUUGAAGGGGACCUUGCAAGUCAUGACGGAUAACGAGAGCAGAAGCAUGAGGGCAGGAGAUAGCGCGACCGUACCCAGUCACGGACCACACUCCGUGACGUGCACCGGUAACCUAACUUGUAUUUGGUACUAUGUGUAUGACUGCGAUUUGGCUUCGUUUCAGCAGGCGCAAAAGUACCUGGGAGUACAAGGCUGGAAGUUUAAAGUGCCUUCUUUUUGAGACACUUGUCGAGCUUAUCCUUUGUAAUAAUUAAGUGUUAAAUUGCAUCCUUCUUCUAAUGUAAGCAUAUAGUAGAAUGUAAAUAAAAUAUAUAAGAUAAUCAACCUCCCAGGUAGUCUCGAAGCAGGAUAUUGGAUCAGAAUACCCCCCCCCCCCCCCCCCAUCCCCCACAAAGCGUCAUUUCUCCCGCUAGUCUCACGUCUCACGCAACGCUCAACCGUAACCCAACCCAUUCGAUGAGCUAGCUCUUCUACCCAUGGAUAUUGUCUCUCUGUCAUUUCCCUGGUCUCCUAGUUCUGGAAGUGGACUUUUUUUUAUAUUUUAUGGCUACAGAUACAUUGCAUUUGUUCUGUUCUGAGUUUCUAACUUUGGGCUUCCUGUGCGUAAUUUCCCGCCUAAACCUGAUUAUUUCAUUGGCUGACACGAUAGAAAUUCAUGUCCGUUUGAAGGAGUUUUGUUUAGCGGUUUUUAGCUGAAUUUUUGCAAGUAAAUACGUACAUGGAAUUUAGUAUAUAUAGACAGAAGCUGAGGUGAGUGAAUAGUUAUUGUUUUUUGCUUUGUGAGGUAGCUUAGUUAGGCUUACAAACGUUGCUUGUUCGAAGGUAGGAAGCAAGCAAGAGUUCUGUUUCCUACCCUUCCUUCCAAAACGACUCACUACAGUUCAGUGUUUGAGAUAGGAUUAAAGAAAAUAAAACUAUUUAAGUUUUUCCCCGAUUAGCAACACAUAUAAUAGCAUAAAAAGGGAUCCUUCUAUAGUAGAUUUCAUGAAGUAGUUUCGAUUGUGUGGUUAGAUUCCACAGAUUUCGGAAUCAGGGUGUUAUCUUAUUACUUAAGCUUACUUCAACUUCAACUUGGUUCACCGGCAGUAGAAACAGUUGCCAGACUACCAAGAUGAGCAAACCAUCAUCCCCUUUAGAUUCGCUUAGCCACAUGGUCUUUGCGAAACGCUAUAACCCCUGGUCAAGUGAUAUUGUGGAAAUUGAUCUGUUAAAACUGUUAGCGUCUCAGAACAACAGUGCAGAAGAGUCCUUUGUACUACCAAGAUUACAAUUUUUGAAUUACUGGAAUGCAACAUUGAGGCAACUUUUUCAGCACACAUACAACCCUGGGUACCAGAGUCUUGAGCUUUGUUCGUUUAUUAUGCGCCCUUCGUGUUGUUGGAGUGAAGCUCGAGCCCCUGUUACCCAGGGUACUCACAUACCUGCUCAGACUUGGUAUUUAUGUGGUAAGUGAGAGGCAGGUGUACCCUUUUUCAUAGGUAGCCUCCAAAUAAAGCAGAGUCGUUAAUCAUAAAGGCUUUUUUAACUUACAGGGAAUAGGGAAAGCAUAGUUUUUUCAUAUAGAAAAUUUUUUAGGAAUGCUAAAAAGUGGGAAAUUUGUUGCUUCACCUGGGAGGGCAGAAGAGAAUCAAAAUCUUGAUAAGAGAGUUGCCAUGUAUGAUCUCAACAACAUCACAGGAACGUGCCAUAGCACAUGUGCCAUAGCUGUCAACCGGCGGCAUGCGUGACACUAAAAGCGGCUGCUAAGCAGACUACUGUCAACCCAACUUGGACAGAAAUCUUGUGAAAUUAGGUGAAAUACAGUAAAUACGUGAGAAAACCAAAGAGAGCCAAUUUGGGUGAAUACAGAGAAUGUAUGAACAUUCUCACAAAAAUUAGGCUUGUGAUGAGGUCCAAAAUCUUGUGACUCCCGCCUAAUGCAGGUGAGUUGACAGCUAUGAUGUGCAUGCAUGUGAUGUUGUAGCCUCCCUUGCAGGCGUUUUUAGGCAGGCAUUGCUCACUAGUGAUGCUGCCUAUUAUUGUGCCUUAUCUAAGUAGGGGUCCAAAAUCUCCUACAAACAGUACCAGCCAGGACAGCCAACAAUGCUGGUACUGUUAAUAUAUAAUACACAAUAUAAAUUAUGUUGGCUAAUAUUGGUAGUAGGUUGCAACAUUUUCAUCCAGCAAUAUGUGCUUAUAAAACAGGAUUCAAGGGCAUUAUUGAGUACAUUUGCAUCUGGCCAAA